UCAUUUUUAACUUAUUUCUCCUCAAGUUUAUCGAUGAAACGAAUAAUUGGCGUCAUUAUUCAAGCAAAAACAUAGUGAUUCAGCGAUAUGCUGUUUGCCAAGAGUCCAACUGUGUGCGUCGAAAUGGAACAAUUGAAUCGAUCAACGUGAAAAGAGUAAGAAAAAAAAUGUAGAAAGGCGAAAGCUUCUUAGAAAUUAAAGGUUUCUGCAGUUGUUCUAGAUACUUGAAUUGAUCUUUUCGUUGAAACAAAAAUUAUUAAUAGUGUUGUAUAGAAUUAUAAGAAGUAGAUAAUAUAUAUUAUUGGACAUAGUACAGUUUCGAAAGUAUAAUUUUGAAACUAGCAUCAUAUUACAUUAUUCAGUCCAAAAUAUUGUUAAUGUUACUAAUGUAUUUGCGAUCAGUUUCACAUUGUAAAGAUAUUUUUUGAUUAAUAAUCGCGUAUAGAAAGAUCAAUCAUCCAAAGUUGACUCGUGCCCUUGGCACACGAUGAAGAUUGCGGUAGCGUCGUUGAUCACGAUCGUCUGUUUGCUUGAUGUGGUCAAUGGGGCCAGGAUACUGACGAUAUUUCCCUUCAACGUGAAGAGUCACUACAGCGUGUACGAGCCGUUACUGAAGAGACCCUCUACGAGAGGUCACGAGAUUGUCGCGGUGACGCACUUCCCUCAGAGGAUUCGCCCGGCCAACUUCACCUACGUGAACGUUUCGUCCGCUUUACUGAAUUGAAUCAACACUCUACACGACCUCUUCCCGUUCACAAGUUGGCAAAAUAUUUAAAAAAUAAUGUCUAAUACGAAAAUUUGCAAGCCUGUACUGUAAGCCGUACGGAAAUGAAAAGGAUUAUCGAUAUGAAAGAAUAUUUUAAUUUACUCGCGAUCAAGGUUUAUAUCAUGGUCAAAUGUGAUCUCGAGGAAUCCUGAGAAUCCGUGCUACAUCCUUAACUUCUUCAGCUCAGUGUACCAAGUGAAUGAGUUUACUUGAAAGGUCGAUUAACGGUGCUUCUACUGAUCUCCAAGCUUUCUCAUAUAGGUAGGGAAGCCGAUUAUCCCCAAAAUUGCUGUUAGAAAUUAAUGUCUCUCGACAUUACCAUUUUUUACGUGAGUAUAAUAUGCGUUGCGUGGAUGCUUGAAAUUCCAUUUGCUUUCUACCGGAAUAAUAAGAUU